AUGGCUUAUUCGCCUGCUCCUCCAUCCCCGGUUAAUGGUAGUAGCAAUCCCAUCAUGUCUAAUAAUAUACACUCCCGAGGACGCUCGACGAGUCCCCCGACCAGCGUGCCGCUGUCGAAACGGGACAAGCGACGCAGCGCGCUUCAGGAGCGCCUCCAAGACCUCACAGCUUCCUUCAGCCAAAAUCGGGACACUCAGUUCCGGCAACAAUUGCAUGCCCUCCAAUGUGACAUGACCCUCAUCAACAAUGCGGAUCCCUACGAUCCGGGCCCGCUGCCCGACAAUCCGGACGAAAUCGCACAGUUGAUUGAGAGUACCGUCGGCGGAGGAAAAUUCGCCAAGGAGAUGGCCAGUCUGGCCGGGAUGUGGUAUGCGCGAUUCGUGCAGGAGAUAAACCAGGCCAAGACUGAGAGAGACUCGGAUUUGACAAUGUUGGCGCAUCGUCAUACCAACAACCUUGAGCGGUUUCGGCGAGAGUAUGCGUUCCGCGUUCACUUUGCUGAAGAAGAAUACAAGCACCUUGCGAACACCCUCCGAGAACGUCUCGUCCAGACCAUCACCGGCAAACGGGCUCGUCUGAUGCGGGAGAAGGAGCAGUUGGAUUUGGCCGACACCAACGCUCUGCUCCUGCACCCUAACCAAUUCAGUAUCACCAAUCCUGCCAGCCCCGGCGGCAUCCACGGGAAUCGCAAGACGCGGCAUACUCGCCAUCGCGCCGAACCUGAAUUCAACGACGGAGCCAUAGCCGAAUCCUACAACCGGCGGAAGAGAAAGGCGCCCGAAGAAGAUGUCGGCUCUCCUGUGCGAGAUUCGGGCUUGUCAUCACACCCGGCCGAACGUGCUAAAGCUCAGAUGGUGCAGCAGCAGACGGCGCCCGCGUACGCGAUCCAGAAUCUCUUCACGGAGAAGGAGCUCAGUGCGCACGCCAACCACGCCCACGUGGCGACCGUGCAUUUUUUCUCGACCUCCAAGCGUGCGGACCAGCCGUCGGGGGCGGCGACCAACGGCAACAAUACCGACGCAGACGAGGGCUCCGGCGUCGACGGCACGGGUGCGGAAGACAACGGUACCCCGGCCACUGAUAUGGCGCGGACGGCCAGCCAGAACUUCCACGCUACGCGCUCGACUCGGGGCCACGGCAACCACGCCCUGAACGCGCUGGCCGAGCUGUCCGACAAGCCCGCAGUGCGACCCAACCUUCCGUACAACAUCCUGGCCAACUACCACGCGCGUCCAAGCAAUAACGGCGCUCCCCCCUUACCGCCGCUGAUGAACGAGGAAGUCGACGAUGACUGGGCCCGCAUGGACCGGCUACACAAUAAGCCGGCCGGCUUCGUUGACCGAGGCCUAGCACAACUGCUUGUCGAGAGCAUUCCUGCCGAGGUGGACGGCGUCCCUCCGAAUCCCAACCGAUUCAACAUGUUGCACCCGGACUUCCCGCCGGACAUGGGAAUGCAUCUGUACCCUCUUACAAAGGACACGGGCGAUGGGCCAUACAGUAAUGAACGGGCCAAGAAGAGCAGAACCUAG